AUGGCCACCACCUUGACCAAGUACCUCAGCAAGGAGGACAGCACGCUCCUCGACCUGUUCGACGCGGCGGCCUACGUCCCCAAGCGGCAGCGCCAUCCACCUCCCCCACUUGAGCCACCUGCUCCCGCCGCCGCCCUCGGCUCGCACAAGCGCACGGCCAGCACGGCAUCGCGGCGCAGCAUCGCCUCGUUCGUCCACGACCGGCUCAUGGGCCAGUCGGCCUCGCAGCGCCCCUCGCGCGCCGCCUCGAUCCGGUCGCAAGCCUCGGUCGUCGCCCUCCCGCCGCUCCUCUCGCUCCCGAGCGAGCUCCUCCUUUACAUCCUCGAGCUCGCCCUCCCUCCGACCCACACGCGUGCGACGGCGCGCGAGCGCAGCGCCACCCUCGCCCGCAUCGCCCUCGUCCACCCGGUCCUGCGCGCCUACGCCCAAGGCGAGCUGUUCUCGACCGUCUUUGUCACGUCCGAGGACAUCGUCGCUCGCCUCACUCGGUCCACCUGCGUCCCCAAGUCGCGCGGCAACGCCCUCGGCAAGCAGAUCCGCACCCUGCGCGUCACGGGCGACCUCCAGGCGGGCGACGGCAACAAGGCGCUCGAGGCGCUUGUCGACCAGCUCAAGGGCCUCGACACGCUCUCGCUCGAGGACCUCGACGGGCUCGAGCUGCGCAACUUUGCGAUCCACCCUUCCUUGCGCCACCUGUCCGCCACGCGAUGCGGCUUCCGUUCGCGGUUCCGGUCGUUCGAGGCGCGCAGAGCAUCGCACUUGCGCUCCCUCGCCCUCACCAACUGCACGGCGCAGCACGACGCGUUCGCGGGCUUCACGACGCCUGAACUCGUCAAGCUGCGCGUGUGGGACAUGUCGUUGCCGCCGCCGACACCGAUGGCGACGGUCGAGGAAAGCGAGGCGUGCCGCACGGUCGCGCACGAGGCGGCGUCGCGCCUCGAGGACGUCGCGUGCGACUUUCAGCACCUCGCCUACCUCUUUCCGGCGCCGCGCCACCACCCGCCCCUUUUCCGCCGCACCGCCCCAGUCGCGCUCCGCCACCUCGUCCUCGUCAAGCUGUCGUCCCUCUCGCGCGCCCUCGAGACCCUCCCGUCCGCCGCCGCCAAAACCCUCUCGAGCCUCCACCUCGUCCCGACCCCCUCGUUCCUCCCUCACUGCACCUCGCCCGACCGCGCCGAGGCGCACUUUGCCGCGCUCGUCGCGCCCUUCCAGCCGGGAGGAGCGACGGCCGCCGUCGCGCCGGGCAAUGCGAGCGUGCACGCCGCGCUCGCCUCGCUGCGCAUCCUGCGCCUCGACUGGCGUUACUCGGCGUGGCUCGCGGCGCCGCCUGCACUCCCGACGGCGCCUCUCGCCGGGCGCGCGCUCCUGUUCGGCGGCGGUGGUGGCUCCGGUACAGGCCCGCAGCCGCCGCCGCCGUCGCCCGCCGAGUCGGCCGCACUCGCGCACGCGCUCGGGCACGCGCACCUCGUGCGCCUCGUCGAGCGGUGCUCGGCGCUCGGGAUCGACGUGCGGUUUGACUCGCUCGAGGGCGAGGCCUCGCCGCCGACCACGACCGCCCCACCCCACGAGCCGACUGCCGCGACGCUCGGUGAGUCGCUCGAGCUCAGCAGCACCCGCCAGCACCGCCGCGUCGAGCCUCGAGUGCCGUCCACCCCGCUCGCCCUGCCGGGAGGUUGGUCCGGGCCGACGAGCCGUCCAGCGCGGGCACCACGGUCCAAGUCCGACGACGGCGCCGCGCAAUGGCGUCUACAGCGUCGCAGCAACGCCGGCGACGAGCAAAAUCCCGACAGCGACACGGACGACCAAGCGCUCCUCCUCCCUCCGCCCUUCCUCGCCGACGACUCCCCGCGAGAAACGUUCGAUGGCCUUCUCGGCACCCGUCGCGCCCGAUCCCUCUCGAAGCAGCAGCGCACGCACGACCGCCUCUUCGCGCAGGGCCGCGCACCGCCUGCGCCGUUCCCCGGCGGGCUCAUCACGGCCGCCAUCAAGGUCGUGCGUGUCCUUGGACCGCCGGGAGGGUACGACGCGUCGCGCAGUCGGCGGCGGGCGGAUGAGGCCAAGGGCGAGGGCAAGGGCAAAGGGCUGUCGCUCGAUGAGGCAGCGCAGCGCCUCGAGGACGCGUUCGUGCGAGGGAGCGGAGCGGGCCGGGAGGGACGAGAAGCCGAGGGCAAGUUCGAGGAGCGGCAGCGGCGGCGGCUGAGGAGGGCCGAGAGCGGGCUCAGGGCGUACGAGCUCGGGAGCGAGGUGGGGAGGCGCGUCGCGGGUCGUCUCGAGCGGCAUCGCAGCCGACGAGACGUCGUCGACCCGGACGCGGCGGUUGUCGACGCGUCGACAUCGCCCGAGGCGGGCGAGCAGGUCCUCGCCGCCGUCACCCCGGCCGCGCUCCUCGGCUCGCCGCCAGUUAGCCCCUUCCUCGCCUCGCCUCUCGUGCAACCUUACCAGCACGACGGCGACGGCGACGACGACCACCCACUCGUCCCUCCCUCGGCUCCCCCUCUUCGCCCAACGACCAACCCCAACCUGCCGUCAUUCCCCACCAUCUCAACCCCGCUCACCCUCGAGCCUGCCGCGCUCGACGACUACUUCGGCCUUCACCGGCGCACGAGUUCGAGGCGCGCCUCACUCGCGUCGUCGUCGCCGCGACAGCGGUCGGCCUUCCUCCCCUCGUCUUCGAGCACGCGCGCGCCUUUCGUCCUGCGCGGCAUCCCUUCCCGCGCGACGACGACUCGCCGGCACCUCCUCGACAUCUUUAUCUUGCUCCUCAUCGGCUCGCCACCUCGCCCAUCGUCAGCCGGGCUCGACACGUCGUUCGCCUCGGUCGGCGGCAUCCUCGGCGUCACCGUCCACGCCAUCGGCUUCGUCUUCUUCGUCGCGUACCACUUCUCGACGCUCGUCGUCGCGAGUGUCGUCGGCCUUCGCCAGUCGGCGACGUUCCUGUACUGGGUGUGGAUGAACCUGAGCGGGCGCACCGAGGUCGCGAGGGCGUUCGUCGAGUACUGGCGGGCGUGCAGGGCCGAGUGGGACAGGGUCGUCGACGAGGACGGCGAGGAGCGGAUCGGGCUAUGGAGUGUCGGGCAGGGACUCGCGGAGCUCGCUGUUCUGCAGAGCAUGACGCACUCGAGAUGGCUGCGCGAGGGUCCAGGUCAACUCGUCCUCCUCAACGGCGGCGGCCUCGUCAAGAACGGGCUCUCGACGCCUCGUGUCGGCCCGCAGCGGCGCAGGCGCAGCCUCGUGCCCAAGCGCCCAUCCAUCGCCAAGCGGCAGCAGUCGUACCGCUGGACGGGCGACGGCGACGAGGAGGACGGCGCAGGUCUCGUCGUCACGAGCCGGCGAGACGGCGUUCUUGUCGGCUCGCUCAUCUCGCGCGAUGACCCCGACUCGCCGCCACUACAAGGGUUCGUCGCGUCGCCGCCUCAGAUCGACGUCGCCUCGACGAUCGGGCAGCGGCUCGACGAGGAGCCACCGCCACUCGAACUCGACGGCCCUUCCCUCCUGCCCUCCUCGCCUCCCUUACCUCCCGUCCGCGAGAAUCGCGACCCUAUCGUCGACCUCGUCUCGCUCAUCAAGCGCACGUGCCGCCUCUCGACCGCCUCGUACGGCCUCCACACCCUCAUCCCCUCGCCGCCGACCCCGCUCCUCACGCCCUCGGGUAAGACGCUCCCGCAGCGCGUUUUCGCGCACCUCGGCGGCGUUACCGAUCAUCGCGACGUGCUCCACGUCGCGAUCCAGCAGCGGUACACGGGCCUGCCGUCGGCGACCGGCGACGGCGAGGACGAGGCGUCGAGCUACUCGCCGGCCAUGUUCCUGCUGCGCGACGACGUGCGCGGCGAGAUCGUCGUCGUCUUUCGUGGCACGCAGUCACUCGCCGACCUCCGCACCGACCUCGACAGCUCGCUCGUCUCGCUCGACCUGCCCGACCUUCCUCCUGCGACUUCUUCCGAGCCUGGCCUCGCCCCAGCACUCGACGACGCCUCCUCGACGACCUCCUCGACGCCGUACCGCAUCCAUUCCGGCAUCCUCUCGACGGCGCAGCACCUACUCUCGCCCUCGUCCUCCUCGACCACACCCUCUCCGCUCCUUCCCUCCCUGCGCGCGAUCCUCGCCGCCCAUCCUCGCUACGCCCUCGUCCUGACGGGCCACUCGCUCGGUGCCGCACUCGCGAGUACGGUCGCGCUCCUCCUCGGCGCCUGGGACGCCGAGUCGCGAUCUUGGGUCGUCCGGCCCGACGCCGGGCUCGACCACGAGGGCGCGCCAGCUCGAGGUGCCGUCGACAGUCAACGGUCGACAUGGCGUCGUCCGCUGCGCGCCGUGUGCUUCGCGCACCCGACGACGCUCAACGCCCCGCUCGCCGCACGGUGCGCGUUCCCCUCGCCGACCGACAGCGCCGACAACGUCCCGCUCGUCAUCAACGUCAGCCUCGGCGCCGACGUUAUCUGUCGCAUGGGCAUCCCGCACGUGCGCGACGUGCGGCGCGUCGUCGGGCGGCUCGACCGGGCGAGGCGGGCAUCGAGCGGUGGGCAGGGCGUGCUCGGCGCGUGGAGAGCGUGGCGCAAGGCGACGGGUUCGGGCGACGAGGACGAGGCGACAAGGCUCGAGGAGUACGCGUGGAGGGCGAGGGCAUCGGCCGAGGGCUGGGCGAGCGAGGCGGCGGCGCACGAGGAGGACGAGGUCGAGGCGGCCGUGCCGGCAGGACGGGCCUAUCACCUCGAUCGGCUUCCUGAUGCUCUCGAGCAGCAGCGGCGCGACGAGCUCGGCGAGGAGGACGACGGCGAGGACGGUCACGGGCUGUGGGGCCUGUACGAGGUGGGCGACCCGAGGCGGUUCUUCCGGCUGCCGCUCUUGCGGAGCGACCUCCUCGCGCACCACAUGCCGCAGCUGCACGGCGACGUGUGCGACUCUCUGUAG